AUGGGUAAUCCAUCGAAGCGUACUAAUAAAAAAUCCCCUACAUACUCCUCGGAAAUUGAUGAUAUACCAGAAGAUGAAAAAAUGCGAUUAAUCAAUGAAUCUGGUAUAAAGGAAAUGUUUAAAAAAAUAGAACCAGUUCGUCAAGAACAAAUUUUGGAGGAAGAUUUAGAUCCGUUCGUUUACGGACCAACUUUUCAAGCUUUCCUUUAUACCAUCCCACUUUGUUCCGUUUAUACUGUUAUGGACAUUUUAGUACAUAGACAAUACAAUGAAGAUGUUUCCAUCUUCCCUUUCUCGACUAGAGUACUAAAGAUCGCCCCAAGUAAGUCAAACGAAGGGAUAGUGUUUCUUUCCUAA